UAACAUUCAUCUCUGCACGUCCUUCCUUACUUGCACCCAACUAUCUUCUCCAUUUCUCUAACUUCUAAACCAUUUUAGUACGUCCAAAUCCCUCCGAAUCCCACGUUCAGUUACUCUUUCUUCUCCCCCACAAACUCCUCCUUUGUCCAUGUCCACCAUGUCUCUUUUCCACCUUCCCCAUUUCCAUUUCCAUUUCCCAUAACUAUUAACUCACUAUCAUGAAGGGAGGAGGAGAGAGCCCUACUUCCUUAUUUCUUUUCCUUUCCCUCCUCCUUUUAUUCCAUUUUCCACCCUUCACUUCUUCUAAAAAAUACACUCCUCCUGACAAUUAUCUCAUCGAUUGUGGCUCCACUCGACCCACCAAGCUUGAUGAUGGCCGUACCUUCAAGUCCGAUCAUGACGCUUCUGGUUAUCUCUCCACAGAAGAAGAUAUUGAAGUUUCUGUCGAUUCCAUUCCUAUUCCUAAUGCUCUUCCUUUAUAUCUUUCCGCUAGGAUCUUUCAACAGGAAUCCAGGUAUACUUUUUUCAUUUCUCAACCUGGUAGACAUUGGGUUCGUCUCUACUUUCACCCGCUUCCUCACCCUUCUAUCAAUCUCACCAGUGCCGUUUUCACCCUCCAGACUGAUAAAUUUGUUCUCUUACAUGACUUCUCUAUGAGGAGCAACUCUGAAAUUGUUUUCAAGGAAUAUCUCAUUAACACUACCGAGAGAUUCUCCAUUGUUUUCAAGCCCAAAAAGGAUUCCCAUGCAUUUGUCAAUGCUAUUGAAGUUGUUUCGGCUCCUGACUCUCUUAUUUCCGAUUCAGCAACCGUCGUUUCGCCUCCGGAUACUAUCACUGGCUUGUCUAACUUCGCCCUUGAAGUAUCCUACAGGCUGAAUGUUGGCGGGUCAACUAUAACUCCCAGAAAUGAUACAUUGUCAAGAACAUGGCUACCUGAUGUUCCUUACAAUAUUUUCCCAGAAGGCGCUGAAACUGCCUCUGUUGAACCCGGAGUCAUCAACUAUCCAGGGGGUGGUGCAACUCCGUUCAUCGCCCCGAAUUCGGUUUAUGCAACCGCGGAAACCAUGAAGCAUGCUCAAGUGAUGCAACCCAAUUUCAAUCUCACUUGGAAGAUGAGUGUUGAUCCCACUUUUUCUUAUUUGAUUAGAAUGCAUUUUUGUGACAUCAUUAGCACCAGCCUCAAUGACUUGGUCUUUAAUGUUUACAUAAACGGGUUGAUGGGUGUGUCAUACCUUGAUCUCUCAACACUUACUAAUGAACUCGCCACAGCAUACUAUAAAGAUUUUGUGGUGAAUGCAUCCACCAUAAGAAAUGGUUCGAUCAUUGUCCAGGUUGGCCCUGCUAGCAAUCUCGAGUCAGGCCAGCGUAAUGCAAUUCUUAAUGGACUAGAGGUCAUGAAGAUAAGCAAUGAAGCGGGGAGCUUGAAUGGUUUAUUUGAUGUAGGUGGUUCGUAUAAAGGAGGUUAUCUUUCAAAUAAAUUGAAGAUUCUAGCAGGCGUUGCACUUGCGGCGGGAUUGACAGCAAUGCUGUUUCUGGGUGUAGUUUUCAUCCGGAGGCUAAAGAAGCCUCACGGUUAUGAGAAACGACACAGCUUCUCAUCAUGGCUACUUCCUCUACACGGUAGCCAUAAUAGCUUCUUGUCCAGCAAGAGCAGCUCGCGGAAGUCUAGUCUCUUUGGCUCCCGCAAGAGUCUUGGUCGGUUUUUUACUUUCCAUGAACUACAGAAUGCAACACAAAAUUUCGAUGAAAAGGCAGUGAUUGGUGUUGGUGGGUUCGGCAAAGUUUAUCUUGGAGAAUUGGAAGGUGGAACCAAGGUUGCUAUAAAACGUGGAAAUCCAAGCUCUGAACAGGGCUUAAACGAGUUCCAGACAGAGAUACAAUUGCUAUCCAAGCUCAGGCAUCGCCAUCUCGUAUCGCUUAUCGGCUUCUGUGAUGAACAAUCAGAGAUGAUUCUCGUUUAUGAGUACAUGGCUAAUGGUCCUCUUCGUGACCAUCUCUAUGGCUCCACUCUACCUACAUUAUCCUGGAAAAAGAGGCUUGAAAUUUGCAUUGGUGCAGCCCGCGGAUUGCAUUAUCUGCACACUGGUGCAACUCAUGGAAUCAUCCACCGUGAUGUGAAGACCACCAAUAUUCUUCUUGAUGAGAAUUGGGUUGCUAAAGUUGCCGACUUUGGUCUAUCCAAAGCUGCACCAAUGGAGCAAGCCCAUGUGAGCACCGCCGUGAAGGGUAGCUUCGGCUACCUUGAUCCUGAAUACUUCAGGAGGCAACAACUCACUGAUAAAUCAGAUGUUUACUCUUUUGGCGUAGUUCUGUUUGAGGUGUUGUGCGCGAGGCCUGUCAUAAACCCAAAGCUACCAAGAGAGCAGGUCUGUUUAGCCGAGUGGGCAAUGAAUUGCUACAGAAAAGGCACACUUGAUAAGAUAAUUGAUCCCAAUAUUGCCGAGAGUAUUUCCUCAGAAUCUUUGAAAAAAUAUAUCGAAGCUGCUGAGAAAUGUCUAGCCGAAUUCGGCGUAGAUAGGCCUGGAAUGGGAGAUGUGUUGUGGAACUUAGAAUAUGCCUUGCAGCUUCAAGAGGCUGCAACACAAAUUGAUCCUCCAGAUAAGACAUGUCUCAUUGCUCUGGACGAACCAAAUGGUAAAAACUUAAAAGAGGACCUUGAAGCUGCAGCUGUUAAUGACAAUUCUCAAGUAGAAGUUGCUUCAACUGUAUUUUCUCCGCUUGGCACUGUUCAGGGAAGGUAGAAUAAUCAGUCCAUUCAAGUUUAGCGAAGUGAAUAAUAAUCCCAUCUAGGUUAUAGGGAACCAUGUAUGAGAUGCAUUUGGUGUUUAAUUUACUUUGUGCUUGGAAAUUUUUAGUUUUAAGUUC